AUGAAGUUCACUCAGCUAGUGUCGCCAGCUCUGGCCUUGUGGGCCUACGCUGCUACCGCGCAACCAGUCGAGGAUAUUGGUGAGGCUUGUGAGACUGACACAGGAUCCACAUCAACCGCUGCGCCUGUCGAAGUAGACGUCGAUGUCGCUAUCAUCGGUGGAGGUAGCGGUGGUAUUCACGCUGCCAUCCAACUGCAGGCUGCUGGUGCCAAUGUCGCCGUGAUCGAGAAGGAGAACCGGAUCGGUGGCCACUGCAAGACCUUCUACGCACCGGUUGAUGUUCCUAUCAACACUGGAGUCAUCAUCUUCGAGAACAAUACCGCUGUGAUCAGCUACUUCGAGCAACUCAAUGUCAACCUGACGUUUACUAACCCAGUCACGGACGUGCCGGCAUCAACGCCUGCAGCCCAAAACUUUGACUUCUCGUUAGGCAUUCCCAUCCCCGCUCAGAGCGCAAAUGACGCUCAAGCACAACAGGCUGCUAUCGCUGCCGCUGUGCAAAGCUACACAACGAACAUUCUUGCCGUCUACCCUUGGAUUGACAACGGCUAUCUUGUUCCCGACCCCGUGCCAGCAGACCUGCUCCUGCCGUUCGGAGAACUUGCAAAGAAGUUCUCCUUCGAGCCUCUCCUCCCUAUCAUCGCCCAGUUCAACUGGUUCAUAGGAGACGUCGCGACCAUUCCCGCCCUCUACGGUAUCAAGUGCUUCGGACCGGGCUUGGUCCAAAGCUUCUUUGCCAAAUUCAUCAUCCCAACCUCGACCGACGCUGAAGACCUGUACCGAGCUGCCGCCAAUAUGUUGGGAGAGAGCAUCUACUACCAGUCAACCAUCAUGGAAGUCAAGCGAACUGUGGAGGGUGCCAGCACGAACGGUACCAGCGUGACCGUCCUCAUCAACCAGCCCGGUCAACCCGCCAAGCUCAUCCGGGCCAAGAAGCUGGUGGUCGCCAUCCCCCCGACCAUGUCGAACAUUGGCACCUACGACCUGACCAGCGAAGAGACCGACAUCUUCUCCAAGUUCGCAGGCAUGGGCCACUGGGCUGGCGUCGUCCAAGUCCCCGGUCUGACAAACAGCGUCCGGAACAUCGGCGCCAUGACCCCCUACAACACGCCCGUCAUCCCCGGUGCCAACGGCAUCGAACUCUCCGCCUCCCCGGGCUACUUCUCCACCUCGGUAGGAUUCGAAGAUACCAACUACACCUUGGCCGAUGGCGAGAACGUCGUCCGCUCCGCUCUCGCCACGCUCGAGACCGUCGGCGGUGUCCCUGCUGGAUCAUCAGCGGCAGCCACAUUCCCCUAUUCUGCCGAUCACGCCCCGUACAACGUGCGUGUCUCCAUGGAUGAUAUCAGCCAGGGAUUCUACAAGAAGCUCCUCGCCCUCCAGGGCCAGAGAAACACUUACUGGACCGGCGCCGCGUUCGCCGCUCACAACAGUGGUCUCAUCUGGAAAUAUAACGUCGAAACCAUCGUCCCAGGCGUGAUCGCCGAUCUUGGCCUGUGA